AUGAACGAAAUGCGUUUCACGUAUACAAUAUCGUCUAUCGUCCUUUCUUGUAUCAUCUUGUUUUCUAAUCUUUCGUCAGUUUCUUCUGCCGACAAUACUGGAGGUGAGACGGAUCACUUGGCUUUGCUCUCGGUCAAGAAACAUAUAACAACCGACCCAUAUCAAAUCAUGCCUUCAUGGAAUGACUCGAUCCACUUCUGCAACUGGACGGGUAUUGUGUGUGGUUUACGCCACCAGAGAGUGGUCACCCUCAAUUUGUGGUCUGGUGGCUUUGCUGGUUCAAUACCACCUGCGAUCGGGAACCUAUCGUUUCUUAGGGAGCUUCUUCUUCACAACAAUAGUUUCACCGGAAACGUCCCACCGGAAGUUGGCAGGUUGUCAAGAUUAACGAGGCUAGGACUUUCGAACAAUUCUCUGUCAGGUGAAAUUCCUUCUAAUAUAUCUCGGUGUCCAAAUCUUAUAGAACUCGAUCUAAGUGCGAACAACUUCACCGGUAUUGUUCCUAACGAGUUCGAAUCAUUAACUAAGCUUCAACAUAUAAACCUCCACUCCAAUGAACUAACAGGAGAAAUACCCAAGUUUAUUGGAAACUUUACAUCCCUUGCCUUUAUUUCUGGAUUGGGAAAUAAUUUCCAAGGAAACAUUCCAGAUACUCUAGGCCGAUUGUCCAAUUUGUGGUUUUUCGGAUUCGCAUUGAAUAACCUUUCGGGCAUUUUACCAUUAUCGUUUUUCAAUAUCUCAUCCUUGACAAACAUAGAUUUGCCCGACAAUCAGAUUGGCGGGAAUCUACCAUCAGAUAUCGCACAAAGAUUUCCUAGAUUAAUAAAUCUAAACCUUCCAAUAAAUAAAUUUUCUGGAUCCAUCCCGCUCUCGUUAUCGAAUGCCACUAGUCUUGAACGCCUAGCACUCAAUGAAAAUAUGUUUACCGGAAGUGUGCCGAGUUUUUCUAGGCUACAAAGAUUGAGGCAUUUUGCAGUUAACGUUAAUCAACUAGGGAAUGGGAAAUCUGAUAACUUAAACUUUGUAUCCUCUUUGGCAAACUGUACCAACUUAAUAGGGUUGGGUUUCGGUGCCAACAAUCUUGGAGGAGUCUUGCCGAAAUCAAUGUUUAAUUUUACUCUACUUACUGAUCUAACAGUAGGAGGAAACUUGAUUUCUGGUAACAUCCCGUCUGAGAUCGGGCAACUAGUUAACGUUAGAAGAUUGUUUCUAUUCUCCAACCAAUUUACCGGUAGAAUUCCGGAUUCAAUUGGGAAUCUUAGAAAUCUUGGAGCAAUGGGUCUCAACGGAAACUUAUUAUCCGGUUCUAUACCAUCAUCAUUGGGAAAUCUCACCCUACUAAGCAGGCUCUACUUACAGCGUAACAAGCUAGAGGGUACCGUACCAUCGGAGUUAUCAAACUGUAGGGAAUUACAAUUACUAGAUCUUUCCAAAAAUAAUCUCAGUGGUUACAUACCCAAAGGGAUUUUUGGUCUAUCUUCCUUGACAGUAUACCUAGACCUUUCUGACAACCGUUUUGUUGGUUCUCUGCCUACUGAAGUAGGCGUAUUGCAGAAUCUGGUUGCGUUAGAUGUUUCUAACAACAUGAUUUUCGGGGUAAUUCCGGUAAGUCUUGGAACUUGCACGAGUUUGGUUGGAUUAUACAUGGAGGGAAACGCCAUUGAAGGAGAAAUUCCAUCUUCGUUUCGCUCGUUGAGAGGACUAGAAGUUCUAGAUCUUUCCCGCAACAAUUUAACCGGGAGAAUCCCCGAGUACCUGGGAGAUUUUGUGUUUUUCAGACGCUUAAAUUUCUCUUUUAAUGGUUUCGACGGAAAUUUGCCAGAACUUGGAGCUUUUAAAAAUGCAAGCAUAGUUUCCGUUUAUGGAAAUGGUAAGCUUUGUGGCGGUUCUCCUGAAUUUCAGUUGCCAAAGUGUUCCCUUGAAGAAUCAUCAAAGAAAGCCCAGUUUCCUCUUUUCUUGAUGAUAAUUAUACCAAUAAUUAGCGUGGUUUUUGUUAUAAUUCUGGUGGUUAUAUUUUGUUUGGUUUACAAACGCAAGAAGGUUUCGGCAGAGAUUAGUUCAGAAGAUGAAAAUUUCCCGCGAGUGUCUUAUCAAAGCUUACACGAAGCAACAGAUGGGUUUUCUUCGGCAAACUUGAUAGGUUCUGGAAAGUUCAGUUCUGUGUAUAAGGCGAUUCUACAUAUGGAAAAUGAACCACAAGUUGUCGCUGUGAAGGUACUAAAACUUGCAGUUCGUGGUGCUGACCGGAGUUUUAUUGCAGAAUGUGAAGCAUUGAGAAGCAUCAGACACAGGAAUCUAGUGAAAGUCCUAACUUGUUGUUCGUCUCUUGAUUUUCAAGGGAACGAUUUCAAGGCUCUUGUUUAUUCUUAUAUGGUCAAUGGGAGUUUGGAAGACCGGUUGCAUCAGAAUCCGGUCGUUGGUUUGAACUUUUUACAGCGGUUGAACAUCGUGAUAGAUCUGGCUGGAGCCCUCGAUUACAUUCACCGUCAGAGUGGAUCACUAAUGAUUCAUUGUGAUAUCAAGCCUAGUAACGUUUUAUUAGACGCUGAUUUGGUUGCUCAUCUUAGUGAUUUCGGGUUGGCAAGAUUUGUUCAUCCUGAUUCUUCUACAAGCCACACCAGUUCUCUUGGAAUAAAAGGAACAAUCGGAUACGCGGCUCCUGAAUACGGAAUGGGAAAUGAGGUGUCGACAUAUGGCGACAUCCACAGCUUUGGAAUCCUCAUACUGGAGUUGUUUACCGGCAUUCGUCCUACUGACGAAAUGUUCAGUAACGGUUUGAGUCUUCAUGGUUUUGUGAAGAUGGCUAUACCGGAUCAAGUUAUGGAGAUAACUGAUCCGGCCCUUUUCAAAACUAGACAAGAUGAAAAUAUGGCUACAGACGCACGCAAUUGUGACAUGUGCGGUCCAAACGAGGAUUGUUUGACUUCUGUUUAUCGAAUUGGGACUGCUUGCUCCAUGGAAUCACCCAGAGACCGGAUAGACAUGAACCAUGCCUUCGAUCAACUGCAGUUUGUCAAGAAAACGUUUCUUCGAUCAACUGCUGAUUGCAUCACACAAAAUUGA